CAUCUCCUGGUGUUGGCUGAACACUCUACCACCAACGCUUGACCAACCGCCUAAAUCCAGCUAAUGAUCCUUAAAAAUUGAGAUUGACGCAAUAUUCCUGUCACUCUAUCUGCCUUCUCCCUGUAGACUGAAGCCAAGUCCCGUGGGCUUCAUUUCUCAGAUUCUCCCACUGAAUUGAACCCAGACUCCAGUUUUCUACCUGCUGGGCUCCUGUUUGCCACUUCUUGUCUGGGUGUGCUGAGCGAUGAAGAUCCCUCUGUGGUGCCUGGUAGUGCUGCUGGCAUGUCUCUUCACCCCUGGACGCAGUGACUGCCAGGGCCAAUGUGCGGCCUGCAGUCUGCUCCUGCAGCAGCACCAACAGCUGCAACAAGCCUUCAACACCAUGAUGUGUUUGUUGGAGUGUGAGGGUCACGUCUCCGCCUCGUUCACAUGGGAGGUGUGCAAACGGGCUGUCAAACUGUCACAGCAUCCUCUGUUUCCUGAGGGGGGCGCUCUGUACAAGAGAACGGGGGAGGAGCUGGAGUUGACCCCUCUUGACCUGAACUCUGACAGUGAGCUGCUGCAGGACGAGAUACCACUCGAGCAGCGCAGUGUCCACUAUGACUCAUCCCUGCUGGAAUCCUCUGAGGACGGGGAGGGCCUGCAGGGGUUGGGUCUCAGUCUGGUGGAUGAAGAGAUGAAGUUGAGGGAGGAGAGGAACGUGGAGAGCGACAGCCAGCUAGAGGUGGAUGAGGAUGAAAGCUCAGAGGCGGCCGUCACCUUAUCCAAGCGCUUUGGUGGCUUUCAGAGAGGGCGCCACGGAUACAGGAAGCUCAUUGGCUCACCCAUAAGGCCCCUACAAAAGCGCUACGGCGGGUUCAUAGGUGUCCGGAAAUCUGCCCGCAAAUGGAACAGUCAGAAGCGAGUGAACCAGCUGCUCAGACAGUACCUGGGCAUGAGGAGCAGCCGCAGCGGCAGGUUCAACAACUGGAGGCAAAACAAACUGUGAUGGGUUUCUGUUGCUCUCACAGGAUCCGGCCCCAGUUCCCUCAACCAAUCAAUCAUGUUUCCAGCAGCUCCCUCCAGUUUGAACUGUGACAUCACCACCACCAUCCUCAUCAACGUCAUCAGAAGAAGAACAGACUUCGCCAUCUCGCUCCACCUCUUUUUGUGUCUCUAAAUAACGAGGAAUGUUUUGCCCGUGGUGUCCUUCUUAUUGAGCGUAUUCACAUGCCAUCCUGUCAAAUAAAAGAAUAAGAGAAGUGCAAUUGAAUAUAUUUUUGUGUGUUUGUAUAAUAAAAGGGCCCAAAUGAGAUUGGAAAACUGGUUCGGUGCAAGGUUUGUCAGAUGUGACAUUUUAAAUCAUGAAUGCACUUUCAUGCAUGUGUGGAUGGGCCUUGUCUUUGCACUCUGUGGUUAUGGGAACUAUAAACUGGUGUCAAGCUCACAUUAAAAGGACUUAUGUUUAAAUAUAUAGGUUUCCCAUUUUUAAUAUGGCAAAGUUUUACAAUCUGGCACCAAACAAAUCAUGUUCAGCAGACUCAGAUGGAAGCAGCAAAUCAGAAAACUGGAGCUGGACCAACUUGAGUCGGUUGUAAAUAUGGUCGGACAGUGAGAUUGCUUCAGCACAAACUGUUCUUUAUUGAGAGUCCAAUAUUCUGCUGAAGGAACUUAACUUAUUGAAAACAAUGGAUUACUACAUCCUAUUAAAAAAAAACCUGGCUGCCAUUGUUUCCUUCCAACAUGUCGUUCUCCUGUUUCUGAUUUUGGUCAUCAAGCCGAGGAGAUGAGGUGUGGGUUUGCAGGCUUCCUGUCCGUGGAGCAAUACUGACCUCUAGUGUUUGAGGAGCAAACAUGUUCUUGGAUCAAUUCCUGUUUAUGUCCUCAGUGAGAUUUUAUUGAAUACUUUGGAUUGGAUAGACUCCCUCGUUCUACUGUUUAGUAGAAACCGUAUUUUAGAAGAUAACAAACUCAAAAAUUUGGCUGAUUUGUGGUUGAUAUAUCAAAUUUACCAUCGUUGGAACUAUACAGACAUUUGUCAGGAGGGGAGGGGUCUUGAACUUUAUGGUUUACUUUUCUUUAAUUUUAAAUAGGAAUACCCUUCCCUGUGUUAAUCAUAUUUUGUAUGGACCCUCCCCUUAAGGAAACAACAUUCACAGACAAAUAAUAAAAAUAAAUAUUGAUAAAUAUAAAUUGUUACAAUUUGGCUUACCAGUAAUAAUUAAAAUAACAAAAGCGUUAAAAAAAUGAAUAGGUUCAGCUUGAAGAACAAACAGAAAUUUGUUUUUUUUCUUUUGUAAAAUUAUGAGAAGCAUAUAAAAAACAAAUCCAAUAGACUUCCCUUCAAAUAAUUUUCACAAUGUCCCUAAGUUACUCUGUAAUUAUGGUAAUGAAGGAGCAGUAAUUUAAAUUUGGGAGGAAAAACAAACUAAUUUCCAGUCAGUCCUCAAACAUUCCUCCUCCUGGAGCUUUUUGACGAGCUGUUAUUGUCACUUUGUUCUUGUAAACUUUCGGGGUCAUUGGCUGUGCACUGCAGCGCAGGAUGGGAGCAUAAAGCACCAUCUUAAUGUACCAUUUAACAACAGAGGAGCAGGAUGAACUGUGCAUGUCAACGAUGAUCAUAACUAUUCAGAAAAAGAUUGUUUCUGCUCAGGUGAUUGAAAAAAAGAUAUGGUCUUGUUCUGCCAUCAAGAUGUUUUUUCUCCACAAGCAAGUCACAUCCCUUCUUUUGCAUCUUAAUAGUGUUUACUCGUGUUUGAUUAAGAGAUGUAAUAAUGUAUGUGUGUGUGGGAGAGUGCAGAGAGAGUGUGUGUGUGUGUGUGUGUGGGCGAGUUUGCACGUGCAUGUAUGCGCUGGCUCUCUGUCAACCUCCACAUACAGAAACUGACUUUGUGAAUACCGUGUACAUUUCAGACCACAUUUGUAACAUUGACCAUUGU